AUGGUAUACACCGCAGAGUCCUUGCGCUACCCGGAAGGGACAACACUGCCGCAGCUUCUGCUUGAGCACAACGUGAACGAUGUAUUCGCCGACAAACCCGCCAUCAUUGACGGUGUAUCCGGAAAGACAGUGUAUACCUACAGCACCUUUCGGACUGCAGUGAGGAGGUUGGCCAACUACCUUCGAACCGCGAUCGGCGUCCGUAGCGGCAGCGUCGUGGCGAUUCUGGCGUCAAAUAGAAAUGACUUCCCUGUGCUUGUGCAUGGGAUUUUGGCAGCUGGUGGUGUUGUUUCGGCAUUCAACCCUUUACAUCAGGCGCCGGAGAUAGCUCAUUACCUGCGUAUCGCACGCCCCACUAUCGUAAUAGCAGAGCCCUCUCUGACGACCACAUUGACAGAGGUGCUCUUGGUUGCGAAUCUGGACUAUAAACCGGACCUGUACUUGCUGUCAUCCCGCGCAGAUCACGGAGCAUCUUGGAGGGUAUUUGACCUUUAUAAUGCUAUUAAUGAUGGCUCAGACGUGCCCCUCCUCCCAGAGCUACAGAAAAGCCAGUCCAAAAGUAACUUGGCGUUUAUCUGCUUCAGCUCUGGCACGACAGGGCCGAUGAAGGGGGUCUAUCUCUCGCACGACAAUAUAGUCUCGAAUAUCUUCCAACACCGACAGAGAUUGCACGGAAUGUUCGGUCCUGGAAAUACCACAGUUGCAGCCCUCAUCACUCCUUUCUUUCACAUCCUUGGGCUCGGCGUAUUUGGUAUCACAAUUGUUGUUUUCCCCAAGUUCGAGUUGCCGGUGCUUCUCAACGCCAUUCCCCGCGACCGCAUUAGCCAUAUCAAUAUCGUGCCGCCCAUUGCCCUGAGACUGCUCCAGUCAACCAACGAGAGAACUGACUUCUCCUCCGUGAAAUGUCUUAUCAAUGCAGCCGCCCCACUGAAGGAAGUAGUGUCGUCAGAAUUGUCGCGUCGCAUGGGGUGUACUAUCACUCAGUGGUAUGGCAUGACCGAGGCAAGCCCCAGUGUCAUCUCCCAGCAAGACGAUGAAGUAGCAAUGACUGGCACAGUUGGCAGGCUGUUACCUGGCAUGUCAAUGAAGGUAAUUGGUGCAGACGGCAAAGAAUGUGAAUCAGGAUCGUCUGGAGAGCUUCUAAUCAAGGGUCCCAACAUCAUGCGUGGCUAUGUUGGAUCCUCUGCUGAGCACUCUAUCGACACCUUUGCUGAUGGGUAUUUCAAAACGGGGGAUAUUGGAUAUGUCGACGAGCAAGGCUAUGUGUUCCUCGUCGGUCGCUCCAAAGAGCUGAUCAAGGUCAAUGGUAACCAGGUUGCGCCCGCCGAACUAGAGGCCAUUUUGCUCAGCCAUCCGCAGGUGCGUGAUGCGGCUGUUAGAGGAAUCAACUUUCCAGACCAAGGAACUGAGUAUCCCGCGGCCUAUGUUUGCGUGGGCCCCGAUGUUGUUGACCAAGGGCAGUUAAAAGUCGAUCUUGAGGCGCUCGUCAACAGCCAGGUGGUCAGGUAUAAAUGGUUACGAGGUGGAGUUCACGUUGUCCCAACAAUCCCUAGGAAGUGA